GCACCAUUUUUGCAAGUUUUUAUAAAUUGAGGGCUAUUUUAAGAGAGAGGUGUUGUGGGAUCAGGUAUUCCAAAGAAUGAGGAACCAAACUGAAUUAGCAAGAGAAACAAGGAGUUCUGUGUCUCUCCUGGUUUCGUUUCUUGGGUGGAUGUUAAGGGUUAAUCAAAGUAUAAUCCAUACUUUGAAAGAUCCAAGCUUGAGGAAAGUGGUAAUUAACUUUCUUAGAUUGUUCAAUGAGUCUUGGCUAAGAAAGUUAAUUACCUAUCUUUGAUUGUUGUGGGGGCUGCUUAUGCUUAUGAGUAUUUACCCUCACAUUCACGGCAAAAGUUCGGUUUAUUGCCCACCAUUUUGUUAAAAGAAAGAAAAGGAAAAUAAAUAAAUAAAAAAGAUUGUUGAAAGAAAGAUGCCAAGAGGGGUGGUUGUGGUUGUACGAGGGGUGAGGCAAAAUGACGGUAACAUCACCAACUUUGUGUUGGCGAAUUGUAUGAUUGCUUCCUUGGGUGGCCUCAUCUUUGGUUAUGACUCAGGAGGGGUGCUUUCAAGGGAACUGUUCCUGAAGAAGUUUCUUCCGUCUGCAUUACUGAAACACGACGAUGAAAGGGAUCAUGAAAACAUGUACUGCAAAUCAGAAGAUCGCCAGCCAAUGGUAAUGUUUACCUCCUCUCUUUACCUUGCAGCAUUGGUAGCCUCCUUGGUUGCUUCUACAAUAACCAGGGCCUGUGGUCGAAACAUGUCCAUGCGCAUUGCCAGUUUUAUGUACUUGAUCGGAGCCAUCCUAACCGCUGCUGCAUUGAACAUACCCACGCUGAUCUUAGGCCGUAUAUUGAUCGGUACAGGCAUUGGUUUUGCCAUUCAGUCUAGCCUAAUCUAUUUGUCAGAAAUGGCACCGGCAUAUAUCAGAGGAGCUCUCAACUUCGGGUUCCAAAUGAAUGUGACGAUUGGGAUAUUGCUGGGAAAUUUUGUCAACUAUGGCACUGGCCAAAUAAAGGGUGGAUGGGGAUGGAGACUCUCUUUAACUCUAGCAGUUAUCCCAGCAGUCAUGCUUGUUGUUGGGUCACUCUUCCUACCAGACACUCCCAAUUCUAUGCUUGACAGAGGCCAACCAGCUGACAAGGUAAAGAAGAUGUUACAGAAUAUUCGGGGCACGAAAAAUGUGGAGGAGGAGUUCCAAGGCCUUGUUUAUGCAUCCGAGGCUGCAAAAAAAGUAGAUUCUCCAUGGAAACAGCUCCUGCUGCAUCCCAGAUAUAGGCCUCACCUUGUCAUGUGCGUCCUGGUUCCAGUUUUCCAGCAACUCACUGGCAUUAAUGCCAUCACAUUCUAUGCACCAGUCCUCUACAAGGCUUUAGGCUUCGGCCGCCAGGCUUCGCUUGUGUCGUCAGCUGUAACCGGCGUUGUCAAUGUGGUUGCUACUUGUGUUUCUGUGGCGGGGGUGGACACUUUUGGGAGGAGGCCUCUGUUCCUACAAGGCGGUGUUCAAAUGUUUGUAUGUCAGGUGGCGGUGGCAACCAUGGUAGCAAUAAAGUUCGGAGUGUCUGGCCAAGGGAACUUGACGCAAAGCGAGGCUGAUUUUCUGCUGAUCUUAAUUUGCUUCUAUGUAGCAGCAUUUGCAUGGUCUUGGGGGCCAUUGGGAUGGUUAAUACCAAGUGAGAUGUGUCCAUUGGAGGUGAGAUCAGCAGGGCAAGCCCUGAAUGUGUCUAUAAACAUGUUGUGCACAUUUGGGAUUGCUCAGUCUUCCCUCGCUAUGUUUUGCCACCUCAAGUUUGGGCUCUUCUUUCUUUUCGCCGGAUUUGUGGCGCUCAUGACCAUCUUCAUAUACUACUUCCUGCCUGAGACCAAGAACGUUCGGAUCGAAGACAUGGACAGUGUGUUCAGGGAACACUGGUUCUGGGGGAGGUAUAUCCCAGAUGAGGUUCAUGAACUUGACAUGCGUUAUUGAGAAUGUCCAAUCUCCAUCAUCCAUCACCAUGAUUGAGAUUGAUCAAAAUAUGCAGGCCAGGCCUAACCAAGGG